AUCAGGUUGACGCCACUGUCAGCAUAUAAAUAAGUAACAAAGACAAAUUAAACGAUAGUCUCGUGAACCAAAAUCAAUCCGGAAAAUGUGUUCCGGUUUACGUCGAAAUCGCAACGAUAAAACGAUAACGAAAACGACGAUGAAAAUAUGCUAUUAUCGUACAUUUGUGUGAGUUUUGAAAACCUUACUCGGAUGAACGCGAACGAUCAAUCGAAUUGGUCAACGAACCGUUUCAGACGCAUCGAACGGCAUUGGGAUGAUCGUACGGCAACAAUAACAAAUACACGCAGGUACGCUAAACAACGACCUUGUGCGCGUUUUCACUGAGCCCGUGUCGAGGGCACUUCCGGUCUAGGUGUCAGAUAAAUAUCCGCUGAUCUGGAGGAUUUCAAUCAAAUCACUACUGAGUCACUGCAAUGAUGUUCCAACAAAUCGCAGCUCUCUUGAUUGUCGGAACGAGCGCGUCAACUGCGUUCGUCCACUCUUCCAACCAACAGUCUAGCCAUAAAUCAGAAUCUAGUUACAGUCGCAGUUCUUCACAUCAUGGUGGAAAUUCAUACAGUUACGUCAGCCAAUCAGCUCACGGUCCAGGUUAUAGUUAUAGUUACAGUCACUCUAGUGGCGGAUCACCAUUAUUCUUACCCGAAUACGCUGCUGGAUAUCAUGUAUACACCCCUAUAUUCAUUCCAUCAAUCGACUUUGAUCUAGAUUUCGAUUUAGAUGAUGAUCUAGAUACUAAUUUAGAUUUCUAUAUUGAUACGGACUUAGAUUUAGAUAUAGAUUUAGAUUUCCCAGGAAUUGAAUACGGACUCGGUUACGUUGGAAAAUAUGGGCACUUGUAUAGAAUACCAAAAUAUGGAAUUUCCAGAUUGUACAGCAGUAUCAAUGAUGGUUUUUUCAACUAUGGAGGAAAUUACGGAUAUUUAGGACCAUCGAGUUAUGGAUCUUUUGAUAUUUUCAAAUAAUUACAGCCUAAUAGUAAAUUCUACUAUUUA